GGGUUAGAAGACAGAAGAACGUCGUCGCGGGUUGGACACGUGACCCGAUCAGCAGAAUCCGCGGCGUCCGCCGAAAAUCUAAAUCCGUCGUCCGAGCCGAAGAGAAGAGCCGUCUCCUCUCCGGGUCUCGGGGCACCCAUGGCACAGACAGUCGCGUAUAUACACACACAUACAUGCAAAUAUUCAACUUAUAUAUAUAGAUAAAGGAAAGUGAACGGAGAAACGAUGAUACGCGUCGACGAAACGGAUCCCGUAGGCGAAUUGGAACCUAGCUUCCCAUACAGGGACGUUAGAGUACGCCGUGGAGUGGAAUUUAAUAAUCAAUAUGAUAUCCAAUCGGAAAUCGGCCGGGGAAAGUUUGGCACGGUAUAUCGGUGCAAAGAAAAGGAGACCGGUUUAUCUCUGGCCGCCAAGGUGGUUAACGUAUCUAAAAAGGAAGAUCGUCGAUCGGUCGAAAGGGAAGUCGAUAUUAUGAGAAGACUACAGCAUCCACGACUGAUUCAACUUUAUGAUGCCAUCGACACGGGAAAACAGAUAUACGUUAUUUUGGAGCUAAUCGAAGGUGGCGAACUAUUUGAAAGAGUGAUCGACGAUGAUUUUCUACUGACCGAACGUAGCUGUGCCGUUUUCAUGCGACAAAUUUGCGAGGGCAUUGAAUUCAUUCACGCUCAAAAAAUUUUGCAUCUCGACUUGAAGCCAGAAAACAUACUUUGUUUAACGAAGGAAGGUAACAGAAUAAAAAUCAUCGAUUUCGGAUUGGCCAGGGAUUACGAUCCAAACAAAAAACUUCAAGUAUUGUUUGGUACGCCAGAAUUCGUCGCACCGGAAGUCGUCAAUUUCGAUCAAAUUGGUUUCGGCACGGAUAUGUGGAGCAUAGGCGUCAUUUGUUACGUACUAUUAUCCGGUCUGUCGCCAUUUAUGGGUGAUACCGAUAUUGAAACUAUGGCUAACGUCACCAUCGCCAAAUAUGAUUUCGAUCAUGAGGCAUUUACUGAUAUAUCCGAAGAUGCUAAGGACUUUAUCAGAUGUUUACUGAUAAAAGAUAAAGAAAAACGAGCGUCCGCCUCGCAAUGUCGUGAACAUCGUUGGUUGGCCAAAAAGAAGAACGAUCCUCUUAUCAUCGAGGAAAAAAAACAAAUUGACGAUAAGCCAAUGAAAUCUAAUAAAAUCGAAUUGGAUUCUGCCGUUUUAAUUAAUUCGAUAAAAUUGGCUGGUACUGUUAAUGGAAGAAGCAACGUUAUAGACGAGGAUGAACUCGAUUUAACCAAGGACAAUCUGAGACUGUUCGUUGAACGUUGGAGAGAGCAUCCUGAUAGUCCUUACAUAAUCGAUAAUGUUAAUACUUUGAGUAAUUUAGAAAGACAUCAUUCGAGAGACGAUAAUACGGAUAAUACGGAUGAGACUGUAUCGUUGAGAGCACAGUGUCCAUCACCUAGAGAAAGUCUUUGCAGUUUUGAAUCGUCCGAAACUGACGCGAGUAAUUCGAAUCGCGACGAUUCGCGUGGAUAUUAUUUGAACGUACCCAAUUUAGGAUUUGCUUUGGAAAGAAGAGCUUCGGAGGGUACAGCCACGGAUAAAUCGUCUCGUGAUCAAGCCAGUCAAAUUAGUUUGGCCGAAGAAAUAAUCAAAUUAUCCGAGCAAUUGCGGAAUAUCGCUAUGGGAGGUAUAGAUACAAUCAAGGAAAAUAACAACGUUAUUUAUAAAAGAAGAAAUAUCAAUUUCACCGAGGACGAUAAUCCUUCGUCGAAGAACAAUGAAAAAUCUUUUGUAGAAAUAACUGGAUCGAAUUUACAAAGGAAGAAUAAUAAUUCGAAAAGGAUCGUUAAGAUCGAUAACAACGAUAAGGAGUACAAUGAGAUAGCUGAAAAAUUGUCGAGUAUAAAGAAACAAAGGAAACUCAAUGGAACGACCUUUCAUAGUAAUCGUAAUUACGAUCGUUCUAAUAAUCCGAUCGAUAGUCCGUUCGAUUCGUUCAAAAGACGAAAGUCGAGCUUGGAUAACGUUUCAUCGACGACAAUGAACACAGAUAGCGACGAAGUUAAUCGUACGAUCGAGGAUGAAACUUCCCCGUCUAAAAGAAGUUCUGUCAGGGUCAUUGAAAAUGCAGAAUCUUUCAAAUCAUUAAAUAAUGAAAUCGAUUUAACGCCACCAUGGAGACGUACCAGAGUGAAACAUUCGUUCGGUGAAACAAGCAGGGACGUACCAAGGAUAUCAAAUUUGCGUGAUUUGCAUAAGAGUUUGAAUUUAGAUGAGCCGGCUAAUACGAAAGAUCUUUUACUUCAUUUGUUAGGCGAAUGGGAGGAAAUCGGUAAUAGAACGUCUACGUUAGGAAGAAAAUCUGUCAGUAUCGAUUGGUAUGGCGAACAAUCGAUUGCUAGGAAGACCAUGAACUCAUUAGCGGAAUAUUUUCAAUCGAAACAACAAAAAUCAUCGACGAAUAACGUUCCUGAUAAAUCAUCAACCCCUAUGUAUCGUUGAUAAUGACCUUCUAUUUUAAGGGGCCGCAUUUAUUUCGAAUUGCGAUAAUUUUAUGUUGAACGUAACAAGUUUUGUUUCGUUUAAUCACAUCUUUUUUCUUCUUUUUUAUUUUGCUUCCCUUAUUAGCAAAUAUAUUAGACUGUCUCUUCUUUUUUUAUUAUAUAUGUAUAUAUAUAUAUAUAUAUAAUAUUGUUUGUUUGCUUAUAAAGAGUAAGGUCUUUUUAAAAAUGGAUCACUCUAAUCUCAUAGACAUUGUGGCCCCAGCUUGCAUCCAAUGCGGCCCUGGAUAUUUUUAUUUUGUCUUUAUCUAUCUAUCUAUCUAUCUAUCUAUCUAUCUAUCUAUCUAUCUAUCUAUUUAUCUAUCUAAUUAUUUCAUUUCUUUUUUUUUCUCUUUCUCAGGAUAAUUCUCAAAGCGAUUCUAAAAAUUCUAUCCAUUAUAAAUAUGUGUUAUAUUUGAGAAACAUAUUUUGAAACGUUAUAAAGAUUAUUUCAACGAGCGAGAUAAUAAAAUAGAAUUCGAUUAAAGUUCCUCAUAAUGUUCCGUUCUUCAUGUUAUUUUUGUUCUUUAACAAUGAGACUCUAACUUGCAUUGAAGUUUAACAUAAAAGACAUUCGUUGAGUAUUUAUUAAUUUUCUGAAUUUACUCGACGAUAUUUUAUUAUCAUUUCAUUCUCGUCACUUGAUUAUAGUAAUUUAAUAUAACUCUUUCGUUGAGACGCGUUUCUUGUAAUUAUAUUAUAU